AGGACAGCUAGCAAAGUGCGCGGGCCCACAAAUGCCGAGCAGUUCACACAGCGUUGCCGCUUAAGAUCAACCUUCCGAGUACUUCUCUGCCUGCCAAAUUGCCAGGGCGAUUAGAGCGUGAUUAUACGGCUUGGCUCUGAGCAUUAGCUAAUCCGACCCAGCUGGGCUUGCUCUGGACCUGGGAUGGCUCCGGACAUCAGCUGCUUCUUUUUAGUGGCGCUCUUUUCAGCCAGCUGUGAAGCCAUCGCCUCCUCAGAGCAGAUGUGCAUUGAGAAAGAAACCAACAAAACAUACAACUGUGAAAAUUUAGGUCUCAGUGAAAUUCCUGGCACUCUACCAAACUCAACAGAAUGUCUGGAGUUCAGCUUUAAUUUCUUGCCUACAAUUCAAAAUACGACCUUCAGCAGACUCGUAAAUCUCACCUUUCUGGAUUUAACCAGGUGCCAGAUUUACUGGAUACAUGAAGAUACCUUCCAAAGCCAGCGUCAGCUAGACACACUUGUGCUGACUGCAAACCCGCUGAUAUUUGUGGCAGAAACAGCACUCAAUGGACCUGCGUUACUGAAGCACCUGUUCUUCACCCAAACAGGAAUGUCCAGUCUGGACUUCAUCCCCGCGCACAACUUGAAGAGCUUGGAAAGUUUACAUCUUGGAAGUAACCAUAUUUCCUCCAUUAAGCUCCCCACAAACUUCCCAACAGAGAAGCUGAAGGUUCUCGAUUUUCAAAAUAAUGCCAUCCAUUACCUAUCUAAAGACGAUAUGGGAUCUCUACGGCACGCCACUAACCUGAGCCUUAACUUAAAGGGAAAUGACAUUACAAGAAUAGAGCCUGGGGCGUUCAAGUCAACUGUCUUCCAAAGUUUGGACUUUGGAGGGACUCAUGACUUGCUGGUUAUAUUCAGGGGUUUGCAGAACUCUACUGUUCAGUCUCUCUGGCUGGGGACAUUUGAGGACAUUGAUGAUGGAGAAAUUAGUUCCUCUGUGUUUGAGGGCCUCUGUGAAAUGUCUGUUGAGAGCAUCAACCUGCAAAAGCAUCACUUCCUCAACAUGUCAUCGAAUACCUUCCACUGCUUCACCAGCCUCCAGGAACUGGACCUUACAGCCGCUCACCUGAGAGAAUUACCCUCCGGGAUUGUAGGGCUAAACAACCUCAAGAAAUUAGUUCUCAGUGCAAACAAGUUUGAAAACUUGUGUCAAAUCAAUGCUGCCAGCUUCCCCUCGCUUACACACCUUUACAUCAAGGGCAAUAUGAAGAAACUUGCCCUUGGUACCGGCUGUUUAGAAAAACUAGAAAAUCUUCGUCUGCUUGAUCUAAGCCACAAUGACAUCGAAACGUCUGACUGCUGCAAUCUGCAACUCAAAAACCUGUCUCACUUACAAAGCUUAAACUUGAGCUACAAUGAACCCCUGGGCCUAAAGACCGAGGCGUUCCAAGAAUGUCCCCAGCUAGAACUCCUGGACUUGGCGUUUACCCAAUUACGUGUUAAUGAUGCACAAAGUCCCUUCCAGAACCUCCAUCUUCUGAAGGUUCUAAAUCUCUCCCACUGCCUCCCUGACACCAGCAAUCAGCAUCUCCUCAAUGGCCUGCCAGCCCUCCAGCAUCUGAACUUCCAGGGAAACCGAUUUCCAAAUGGGAAUAUUCCAAAGACUAACCCGCUUCAGAUCCUGGAAAGUCUAGAAAUCCUGAUCUUAUCAUUCUGUGAUCUCUCCUCCAUAGACCAGCAAGCCUUUGCUCGGCUUAAGAUAAUGAAUCAUGUAGACCUGAGCCACAACAGGCUGACAUCCAGUAGCAUUGAGGCUCUUAGUCAUCUUAAGGGGAUAUACCUCAACCUAGCUUCUAACAGCAUUAGCAUCAUCCCACAUGAUCUCCUCCCCAUCCUGUCCCAGCAGAGGACCGUUAAUUUAAGACAGAAUCCCCUGGACUGCACUUGCUCCAAUGUUUACUUUUUGGAAUGGUACAAAGAAAACAUGCACAGAGUUGAGGACAUAGAGGCCACUCUUUGUGCAAAUCCCCCAUUCCUGCGGGGAGUCAGGCUGUCUGAUGUCACCCUGUCAUGCAGUAUCACGGCAGUGGGCAUUUUCUUUCUCAUCCUAUUCUUGCUUUUGUUCACUGUUGCGUUGAUUUUUGCAGUGAAAUAUUUUCUCAGGUGGAAAUACCAACACAUUUAGCUCAAGGUUUCCAGAGAAGGCAGAAUUUAUCAGAAUUGUCCUAAGUAAAGGAACUGUCAGCUACAGGUGACCAGACUUUUCCGGUUCUUAGUGCUGGGCUGGGGCCAUUGAGCUUUUCUGAAAAUGUCUUACUCAUUUGAAUCUCCCAUGAUGCUGUGGCUAGAGGCCCAUGCACUGCUGUGAGAGACAGAGCCACUUCCUCCUGUGAAAAGUGACCCACAACCUCUGAACCCCCAAUUUGAACCCCACCCAUGUGAGAAAGGAGAGCAACAUGCAUCACUGCCCCCACCCUCUGCCCAACCUGGCUAUGCUGGGGCCAGCCCUGUCUUCUCUCUCUCUAACAUCUGACAUUUUGCUUGAGGCUGAGCUCUCUGUAAUUGAGCCAUUUGGGAAAGUUAGGCCCCAGCAAAUUCUCAAUGCUCAUUUCAAAUGACAAAAGGUAAAAAAAUACAAUGAAUUUAAAAGACAAGACAAAGUAAUAAAUUCUGCUCUCAACUAGAUUCUAUUAGUUCCCUCAAUUAUUUGCUUUCUAAGGUCUUGAGAAACCCCUAGGGUGUCAACAGUACAAAACUUUGAAAGCUUCUCCCCGACCCAUCCCUGAAGGUCAGAUUUCAUUUCCCGACAAGGAGGUUUCCCUCCCCCUGUCGGCUACUCCACCUCUCAGGUUGCAAAAUUAGAGGUAGGCUGUGGUCCAAACAGCUCAUUUUAUUCUCCAGCUUGCUGGUCCUUGGACCUCUCUCCCACAGGAACGGGGAGAUGAAUGUCUGGUUCCCAGGCUGGCCUUCCAAAAGCCUGUUGCCUUCAGAGAAUAUUGAAGAACACCUUCACAAGGGAACCUUGUGUAUUUAUGUGUCCCUGCAGACUAGCUGUCGGGAACAUGAUAAGGGAGGAGAGGUUUCUGUUCGGUCCAGGGGUAUUCCCAAAGGCUAUGGCAGUGACAGACAACAUGGCGUUAUCAAAUGCAGAGAGACAGAGAAGACAGGGUAGGUGACAAUGUCACAACUUAAUCCCUCCCAAGUCUCAAAAUCCUUCUGAUACAGUCUGAAUUACUAGUUGAAACUCAGUUACCGUGAUGUUUGCAAUUACUGUCCCCUGAAUCCAGGCAGUUAAGCAACAACAGACUGAUAAUAUUUUUUAAACAUUGCACAAAUACUAAGUAUAUAUCUUACUUCAUUUCAUCAUUCCCUGAACAAUGUAACUAUGUACACAGCAUAUAUACUAUGUUAUAUAUUGUUAGGAGACAAUACAAAGAACAUGAAAAGAUCAUGUGAUUCAUAUGAAAAUACUAUUCUAUUUUUGUAUAAAGGACUUGAACGUUUGCAAAGUCUGGUAUCUGUGAGGACUCCGGGACCCAAUUUCCCCGUGAAAACCAAGAGACUCCUACAUAAGACCUUAAUUAAAUUUUGUAACCAAUUUGAGGUUAGAGAUGUUAACUAAUUAUGAAAUGCUGGUCAAAGGGUGAGUGAUUGACCAAUGGUGACAUCUAAUCAGAAUGAUAAGAGCAGCCACGUCUUCCCUCUGCCCCCUGGAAAAGCUGCUUAGACAGGCAGCAGCUGGGAUGAAACUCUUCCCGGAGACUUAGGGACUUCAGCCUUUCUCACACGGUCGUUCCUUCCUCUGGGAGCCCCUCUGGAAGCAGUCAGUUCUCAUAUCCCUGAGACUUGCAGCAGGGUUUCCUCUUCGGAGAGUGGUUUUUUCCUACAUAGCCAAUUCAAAACCGACGGUGAAUGACGUCACAACUAGCAUGAACUCUUCAGCUCCUUUAUCGUCUUUAUGGCUCCUCCAUGUCCGGAAUCACGACUGGGACAUGAUAUGGUUUCAGGGUGUGUGUGCACAUGCUUGCCCAUGAACGCUCACAUGGACGCCAGAUGUUGACGCCCGGUGACUACGUCACCAUCUUCCUGUUCUGAGACCUGACCCCUCAUUGACGAUAGAUCUAUCUCCCCAUCUUGUUCUACCCCAGCUCUGGAGUUUGAAAAGCAUACGGCUCUACCAGUCUUUCUCAUGGGUGCUAGGGAGCUGGACUCAGCCUGCAGGCUUGUGCAGAGAACACUUUGCUCACUGAGCCUUCCCCCACAGCCCUGAUGGUUUAUAUUGUGAAUAAUUAAUUGCUGAGAUUUUGUAGGCCUUUGGUCCCUGAGGCUUUAUCAGUGGUUACUACAUUGGCCAAGCCUAUCCCUGCUUACCCUUAGCUCUGGUCAACAUCUCCAGAGCUUCCUGCAAUGGCCCUCCCACACAUUUCUCGCCAGAAAUACCCAGAGCCAUCUGGUAAUAAAGGAUGCCUAUGCCAAGCCUCCGGUAAUGAGGAUAUUGUGGCAGAGGUUAACCCUGGAUUCCUAG